UACACCAUGUUAGAUAGUUUCUAAAUCCGACCAAAAAUAUUACGUUAUCCAUUCCACGUCUAUCUAACGAAAUCUACAGAUUUCGUGACGGUAAAGCGUUCUCCAGUGUCGACGCCCAGUUUUUGCGUUCGGAUAUGCGAGUGAAUUCUCGAAUUAGUGAGACAACCAAUUUGCCACACGUCGAUUCUUUGUCAAUUACAAUCAGUGCAACUGCAACUUGCGCCAGUUAUUCUCAUACAUAAAAAGAGAGAACGUUUGGCUGAGCUCAAAAUGCAGACAAUAAAAUGUGUAGUAGUUGGAGAUGGAGCAGUUGGUAAAACUUGUUUAUUAAUCUCUUAUACUACAAAUAAAUUUCCAUCAGAAUAUGUUCCGACAGUAUUUGACAAUUAUGCAGUCACCGUCAUGAUUGGCGGUGAACCAUAUACAUUAGGAUUAUUUGAUACUGCUGGUCAAGAAGACUAUGAUCGUUUGCGUCCAUUAAGUUAUCCACAAACUGAUGUAUUUCUUGUAUGCUUCUCAGUUGUAUCACCAUCGUCGUUUGAAAAUGUUAAAGAAAAGUGGGUACCAGAAAUAACACACCACUGUCAGAAGACGCCAUUUUUAUUGGUUGGAACGCAAAUCGAUUUACGAGAUGAUGCAGCCACAAUUGAAAAACUAGCAAAGAAUAAGCAAAAAGCUAUUUCUAGUGAACAAGGGGAAAAGCUUGCUAAGGAAUUAAAAGCUGUAAAAUAUGUUGAAUGUAGCGCUCUUACACAGAAAGGGCUUAAAAAUGUCUUUGAUGAAGCAAUAUUAGCAGCUUUAGAGCCUCCAGAACCUGUUAGAAGAAGAAGGUGUACUAUUUUGUAGAAGGUAUAUGACUUUUUUUAUAAAACUGUUAGUUCUAUACCAUAACAAAGACUGUAAGUUUUCUUAUAUACACUGCAUGCAAAAAGUUUUACAGUAACGAUUGUUAAAUUCUAAGGUAUAUAAUAAGUAUUUUAUAACAUUGGUGGCAUAUACGUGAAUACAAAACACUCUUGAUCUACAUUGGCAUUAUGUAAAUUUUGUAAUUAUAUAAAAUUGUAAUUAUAUUAAAUUAUAUCUUUGCCUUAUAUAAUGAAUGUUACAUCAACAUAUCUUAUGUUAUUCUGUGCAUUUCUGUGUUUACAUUAUAGCAAAUGUAUCGAUUGUCUUACACAGAAUGUUAACAAGAGAUUCCAGAGAAUUUAAGAAUAUAUUAUAAUGUCCA